GUUAUCAAGAUGGCUUGUCUUAGCAGUUGCUGGAUUUCUGUUCACCGUUUUUGUUCUUCCCUGUUCCAGAGGUUGAGGUCUUUUGCCCUGCGGCUCGGCCAGUCGCAGGGCGAGGGUGGGACUUGUACUGAGGUGACCGAGGCUAUGAGGGCACUACCUCCCGGUAGUGAUGAGGUCGUUGCUUUGGCUGUGACGGAGGAGCUGUCUACUGAGGUGACUCCCUUCGCUAGCCAGGACCCUGUCCACCCUGUUGUAGAUGUUGCGGUAAUCCCAGAGGAUACGCCCGCCGCUGACAUCGAAGGCUGCAAGAAAGAGCAUCAUAAUGCAGUUAACUGAAUUCUGUUACGAAGCAGGAAAGGGACAUCAAACAACAGUGGACAAGAUUUUAUUAUGAAGCAAAAAAAGGGACAUCAGAGUGCAGUGGACGAGAUUUUUUUUAAGAAGGAAGAAAGGAAUAUUAAAAUGCAGUGGACUGGAUUUAAUUAUGAAUCGAGAAAAGGAACAUCAAAGUGCAGUAAAUGGAAUUUUACUAUGAAAUGCAAGGAAGGGACAUCAAAGUGCAAUGGACUGGAGACUACUGGGGAGAAGAUGUUGCUUCAAAAGAUUGGCAGAGUUGCUCUUUGCAGUAGAGGAAUAUCAAAGUGCAAUCAACUGGGUUUAACAUAAAGCAAGGAAGGAUUAUCAAAGUGUUAUGAAUUAAACUGUUUCAGGACAGGAAUAAACAACAUCAAAUUCUAAUUGACUGGAUUUUCUUGGGAAGGAUAGAAAGAACAUGAGGAAGGAACAUAAAAGUGCAAUUGAUUCAGUUUUAUUAUGGAGAAAGGAAGAAACAUCAAAGUGCAAUCGACUUGGAUUUUAUUUAAGUGCAGUGGACAGACUGGAUUUUCUCAGAGUGAAGAGAGGAUAUCUUGAUAUUAAUGUGACCCAUAAAAGUGACUAUAUUCAUUUGUAGUGUUAAAAGUGAAAAAAUAACAUAAAAAUGUUAAUCAUUGGAAUUGAUACUUUUUGUGGGGGUGGGAAUCUCUGUCCUGUGUAUACCAUUUCUUCCCAUUCAUCCUAUCUUAUUUCAUCCUGACCCUGCCCAUCCCAUCCCUGAUUGGUUACCCAGAUAUGAUUGUACAUAUAAUAUAUAAUAUAGCAUAUAUUUGAAUUAAAAUAUAAAUGUAGAGCAUGGCCACAAAAUAAACAGAGAAAAGGUGUAUAAAUCAAUUUAAUAUGAAAUAUGUUGGUGUGAAAUCAUGUCUUAUUCAUGCAA